CAGGAAUACAAAAUUCGGCCCGUGAAAACGGAAACUUGGGGAUCGAGGGAAAGCGAGAGCUCGAAGUAGUGUGAAGUCGGUUAGUUUACCUGUGUAGAAGUGAGACGAGAGGGUGUCGCACCUUCUGACUUGUUGUUUACCCCCGGGUACCUCUCGUAGGGUUAGUGGCCCCCAAGUGCCAGGAAGUAUGGAUAUAGAGCUGUGAAUUUUCACAAGAGACAGAGAUAUUAAUUCCUGCAUUGAAUUAGACUCUUUUUUUACUAACGGGGAUUAUCACAGACGCAGUGGAGAUUCGUCAAUUUGUAAGUAUACAUAUAUUCAUACCAUGAUCAUAAUUACAGAACCUUGAUUAAUUUAUUCGGUAAAAGUGCAGUUGAGGUGCGUUUAUUAUUUCUCAACGCAUUUCGUAUUUUCGCACGUAAAGUACGUGUAUUCUUGUUGAAAUAAAUUCCUGGCAGUAAUAGAUAGUUAUACUAAAUGGUACAGCGCUGGGUUUUAUUAUUAUUUUUUUUCUAAAAAUAAAGCGUCUUUGAACAGCCCCCCCCCCCCAAAAAAAAAAAAGUUACCUAGCUCCAUUUGUUUUAUAGUUUUCACCCUAUAUUAUGUCAGAUUUUAAAAGCCCCCCCCCUAACAUACAGACAGCGUAUUAAAUAAUGAACUUAAUUCAUUACAAGAAAACGAGGGCACUGUUGCAAUAAAGUAAUAUUUCAUACAGGCGAAAAUUGCAUUAUGUAUUUUAAAUUAUUAUCUAUUUAAUUUAAAAAAAAUUGUGAAAUUUCGUUGUUUGUGAUACGAAACUUAGUAGCUAAUUUUUUCCCCCACCUAAACACUUGAUAAGGAAGCAAAUUCCAAGAUUGUAUUAUUAUUUCCUUUAAAAAAUGGCAUGAGACAUUGGUUGUACUUGAUUGGCCUGAGUUCAAAAAUUGUAAUAUUAAGAUUGUAUUUCUUUGGCCAGCAUGUAACUUGUACAUUUGUCCCAUUACAUAAUAUAAAUGAUAGUUUCAACCAAUUUACUCUAACCCCCCCCCUUUUUCACCCCACCCCCCACUCCCAAAUUUUAUGCAAAUAAUUGUAUUAAACUGUUCGUACCGUACACUAUUAAAGUAACAAUAAUAAUAUAAUAUUCAGCGCUUCCGUAUUUGGGCAAUUCUUGACCCCCGUAAUUUCGUGAUAACUUGCUCUUGAGAUUCAACAUUCUCCAUCUUGAGAAUCCAUGAUCUUAAAAAGACAUCUUACAUGCAUCUGAAUAUUGGUAUGUGUUAGAGCACAUCAUCUUUACAUUCUUUAAUAUAAUAACACAUUCGAGAUCUGAGAACACAUCAUCUUUACAUUCUUUAAUGUAAUAACACAUUCGAGAUCUUAGAACACAUCAUCUUUACAUUCUGUAAAUGCAAUUACACAUGUGAGAUCUUAGAACACAUCAUCUUUACAUUCUUUAAUGUAAUAACACAUUCGAGAUCUGAGAACACAUCAUCUUUACAUUCUUUAAUGUAAUAACACAUUCGAGAUCUUAGAACACAUCAUCUUUACAUUCUGUAAAUGCAAUUACACAUGUGAGAUCUUAGAACACAUCAUCUUUACAUUCUUUAAUGUAGUAUCACAUGUGAGAUCUUAGAACACAACAUCUUUACAUUCUUUAAUGUAAUAUCACAUGUGAGAUCCUAGAACACAACAUUUUUACAUUCUUUAAUGUAAUAACACAUGUGAAAUCUGAGAACACAUCAUCUUUACAUUCUUUAAUAUAAUAACACAUGGGAGAUCGUAGAACACAUCAUCUUUACAUUCUUUAAUGUAAUAGCACAUGUGAGAUCUUAGAACACAUCAUCUUUACAUUAUGUAAAUGAAAUAAUACAUGUGAGAUCCUAGAACACAUCAUCUUUACAUUCUGUAUAUGCAAUAAUACAUGUGGCAUUUUGACAUGUUCUACAUAAAAACUUCAACCUCCAGCAUUUUCGUAUCGUUCCACUGACUGAUUACCUUCUGGCCGCCAUUAUAGCAUUUUCGGAAAAAAUCAUUUUUGUAUCUUUGAUAUCUAAACAUAAAUUUCUUUUUUAGCGGAAGAGGUGUUUCAAAUAAGACAAUAGCUUCACUAAUAAGAAAUCCGAACAAGACUUGUGAACAAAGCAUCAGAGUGUGCUUGGUCUCUAUACUCUUGUUUCCCUUGGGAGUGUCGUGAUUCGUGAGAUUGCAAGACCCGUGAUCUAACACACAUAAUAAAUGGACGGAGUUGGUAAAAUGGAUUGAAAUCUGUUUUUUUCUCUAUACCACACAUUAUCCCAAUUGUAAGCUUAGAUCAGGUGAGACGAACAAUCUCAAAUAUUCAACGUCCUACAAUACUACUCAAAAAGUCCCCUUUCACUCCCCUAUGUCGUGAAUUUCCUUGUAAAAAAAAAAACAGAAAGAAAAAGAGAUCCAUCUCUCCCAAAGAUAACAAAUUAUGAGUGAAGCCAUCAAUCUAGUCAGUUAUUGAAAUAAAUGGUGAAUUAAAGGGGAGAUAACCCAGCGUUCUAACAGAUGAGCCGCACAGAUUAGCCAAAUGAUCGCUCCCUGAUCCGCGUUCAGGUCGGGGCUGAUAGAGACCGGAUCAACCCAAAUAUUGUCCCACUCUCGAACCAUUCCCCCCACCUCCCCCCUUUCACCUUUCCCACACCUUAAUACAAACUUGAUUUUAUGGCCCCCCGGGUCAUCGGAGCACCCCUAGACUGAACUCUCCGUUUGCUUACCUGCUGGCUGGUUCCCAGGAUAUACAUGUAUGGUGUUGGCACUGUGCGGAGUAUUGGUAUAAUAUUCAAUGCGGUAUGUAAAUAAAGGAAGGACCGUGUUAUGUGUACUGAUAGAAGGUCUUUGAUUCAGUGAUUUUUUAAAUUGUUGAAAAUUAUUCGACCGUAUUUUUUAAGGCCCAGGUUGAGGGGAAAAAAAAAAAGGGGGGGGGGCGACAACGACGACAUGAGAAGGAAGGACCGUGUUAUGUGUACUGAUAGAAGGUCUUUGAUUCAGUGAUUUUUUAAAUUGUUGAAAAUUAUUCGACCGUAUUUUUUAAGGCCCAGGUUGAGGGGGAAAAAAAAAAGGGGGGGGGGCGACAACGACGACAUGAGACCAUGUUUUCCAUAACGUAUUGCCCCAAAAGAAAUAGACUAUUGUCCUUAAGUUUUACACAACAAUUCCUCUCUAACCCACCAGACCCCAGCCUUUACAUUUAACCAAAAAAAAAUCAUGUUUUAUUUUCCUUAUUAAUAUUUCCUUCAGUUCAAUUACGUCCAUAGUUGAUUUCGGACCCGAAUUCUUGUGUGCCAAAUUUGCUCAGACGUACCUAGACCAAUGCCUUAAUGAGGUUUCCUACAAAUUCAAAAUUUUAAAAGCUAUACAUGCACAUUCUUUAAAAAAAUUUACACUGAAUCAUUCAGUCCACAAAUGAUGGUUUUCAUUUCAAUCCCCACGCAUCAUCUACAUACAUCUAUAAAGCCUCUCAUACAUAUCUAUAAAGCCGCUCAUGCAUAUCUAUAAAGCCUCUCAUGCAUUUCUAUAAUGCCUCUCAUGCAUAUCUAUAAAGCCUCUCAUACAUUUCUAUACAGCCUCUCAUACAUUUCUAUACAGCCUCUCAUACAUUUCUAUAAAGCAUCUCAUACAUAUCUAUAAAGCCUCUCAUACAUUUCUAUAAAGCCUCUCAUACAUAUCUAUAAAGCCUCUCAUACAUAUCUAUAAAGCCUCUCAUACAUAUCUAUAAAGCCUCUCAUACAUUUCUAUAAAGCCUCUCAUACAUAUCUAUAAAGCCUCUCAUACAUAUCUAUAAAGCCUCUCAUACAUAUCUAUAAAGCCUCUCAUACAUAUCUAUAAAGCCUCUCAUACAUUUCUAUAAAGCCUCUCAUACAUAUCUAUAAAGCCUCUUAUACAUUUCUAUAAAGCAUCUCAUACAUUUCUAUAAAGCCUCUCAUACAUAUCUAUAAAGCCUCUCAUACAUAUCUAUAAAGCCUCUCAUACAUAUCUAUAAAGCCUCUCAUACAUAUCUAUAAAGCCUCUCAUACAUAUCUAUAAAGCCUCUCAUACAUAUCUAUAAAGCCUCUCAUACAUAUCUAUAAAGCCUCUCAUACAUAUCUAUAAAGCCUCUCAUACAUUUCUAUAAAGCCUCUCGAUAUAUCCCUAAAGCCUCUCAAUACACAUAUAAAACCUUAUCUGAAAAAAACAACAACCCAGCCUCGCUGUAUGUACCUCCGUAAUCAUCAGUGCGUGACCAUUUACUAUACACGGCUUAUUAGUUAUACACCCGUCCCCCUGGCAGGCUCGACAUGCCCAGAUUUUACCGUGAGAAACAGACGGUGCAUUACUUACACACGCAUUGGGAACUGAAACUGUCUUUGAAAUCCUGGUUUUUUUAGAGCCAUUUGUUUAGAUUCGCCCCAUUGCUAUUUUGUUGUGUCAAUGUCCGUGAGACUUACUUACUGGGAUUUUCUCAGAGACGUCCACACGUUCUUCGCGAUUGACAUCUCAAAAGGCCAAAUCACAUGCUAAAUGUCAGCAAGUGCCCUCAGCUAUAAUAAGUGAAACUAACAUCGUUCUGUACUUGCUGAUCUAAAAAAUUGUUUAAAAUUAUCGCAUUUUGUUUUGAAAAAAUAUAAAACAAAACAAAAAAUAAAAAAAUAAAGAAAUCAAACAAAAACUAAAUCACGAAUAAAUGUUUUAAGAGUUGAACAGUUGAAGAUAAUGAUUUGUAUUAAAGCUUAAAUUUAAGUCUUAAAGUUUACUAAACACUUAAAUUUCCAUAAAGGAAAAAAAACAAAACAGUUUUGCUAAUAAUAGGUAGACAUGGGAGACAACUGAAAAGUGUUGGAUGAAUGGUCAUCUUGAAAACUGGACGGAAAUAACGGCUGCGUUUGUUCCCUUGAUGAGAGCAUCGUGACAUCGACAAAGAGGAACUGACAACAGAGCGGGGAACCGUGUGAUUAGAUGGUCAUUUAGUGGGUCCGUACUGGUCAGUGAUGGAUAUGGGGUGGGGUUGACAGAUCUGUUGACCAUACGCCGGACCCCACCGAAGCCGUAAUCCGGGUUUUCUCCCUCCUCAUUUCGGAUGCCAAGGAGUUGAUGAAUACGAGCUUCUCAAUUACAUGGACGUACCCAUGGGAGUCAAUACACGGUUGCUGUUAUACAAAUGCUUGUACGUAUGUCGUACACAAAGUCGCACACAUACAUGAUUUUACACAUGAUUGUACACUUGGUCGCAAUACAUACAUUUUCUCGCUAUUGAAGCAUCGACACAAUUAUACCCCUCAGAAUAAACUUGUUUACACCUAAUCUUGUUGGUCAUAGGAAUUUAACAUUAGACUUUCCCCCUUCAUAUUUUUCUGUGUAAUCCCCCCCCCCUCUUUUUUUUCAACAUUCUGGAGCAGCUAGGGCUAGCGCCACCAGGGGUGAGCCUUGAAUUUUGCCACCCUCUUCCACGAAAGGGAAACGAACCUCGGCAGAGAAUGCCACCCACCUUUCAUUUAAAGAACAUUUUUUUCCGAAUAUGGCGGCCCGCUCCCUGUGCACCCCUUUCCUGCGCCACUGAUUACUUCAAUGUGGUGGUUCGCCAACUCGCACUCUUACCCUUUGUAUUCAUGUAUGUCACCCCACUCCUACGGAAUGUCAUACGAUAUGAUAAAAUAUGAGGCAUAAUGUUACAUUAUGAUACAAUAUGUUAUAUUACAAUACAAUAUGAUACAUGUUGCAAUAUAAUACAUUAUAAUACCAUAUGAUACACAAUGUUACAAUAUGAUACAUUAAAUUUCGAUAUGAUAUAUAAUAUUGUAAUGUGAUACAAUAUAAUACAUUAUGAUAUGAUGACGUUUCUUAAACCUAAAGUUUACUUCAAGUAGAAGGAAAUUGGCUACAGGACCGCCCAUAAAAUAUGUCACGCUAUUUUUGACAAUUUUCAACACCCCCCCCCCUUCUCUCCUCACCACGGUACAAUCUAUCACAAAUCUUGGACACCCCCCCCACAAAGUACGCCACUCUUCCAAAAUUUAAAAAAGAAAAAAAAAAAAAAAAAAAAAAAAAAAAAAAAAAAAAGAAAAGAUGAACAUAAAAUAGCAACUAAUCAAAGUUCAAGUUCAAUCUAAAACACACUUCACCAUUAAAAUUAGACACUACUAAUUAACAUCUUCUUUCAGUAUACAUCCAGCACAAGAGAUAGUUGAACAUCCCGGUCAAUUUCUAAUUUUAUUUGUACGUUAUUUAUGAUCUAAACCCCCACCCCCUCUCCGUGUCACCCUUCGUCACACUUUCUUAGACACCCCACCCCCUCCCGAGCGUGACGUACUUUUUGGACACCCCCUAACCGACUAGGUGAGUAGUCGGCAAACCUAUUAGUCAAUAGAGCCAAAAAUCAGCAGCAGGAUGGGGAACUAAAGUUUCAGAGCCAAUUUGAGAGCCAAUUUUUUGUCAAGAACCGUGUUUCUUCUUCUUCUUCUAUAUCUUAAGGGCCCACGAUCAAUUUAUUGAUCAUUUUGGCUCAUAUGCAUGUAGAUGGGAUUUGCAAUGUUUCUGUUACUGGUGUUGAUGUGGAAAUCAAAACGAUUAGUGGCCGGCGGGUUGGCCAAGCCGCACUCAGGUUAGUAAAGAGCCAGCGAGCCGCGAUUUGCCAACCCACAUCACUAGGUUAACGGCAUUAAAACCAUUCCCUUGUUUGCAACUUACUCCAUUUUACUCAAAAGGGCCAACAUAUACAGUGUCACACACACACAUUAUUACACUAAUAGUUGUUCUCUCGAUAUCUAUCCAAUAGCCUUGCUCUCCCCUAUAUCGGUGUCCAAAAUCUCUCAACGCGUUUAUCUCUAUCUGACAAUCUAGUAAUGGACGCCUAUAUCAAUGUGGACAUUUUUUUUUUUUUAAACAAGCUUUUCUAUACCUUCACUUAAUAGCCCACCAAAUUUUUCAAAAAGUCCACCGCGUAAGGUGUAUGCCUAAAAGCCACGCAACACCGAGCAGUCCACCUUAUCAGCUGACGCGGUUCGGUGCCCUGAAAAAGGAAAAUGACAUUAAAAAAAAACCCAAAAAAGGCAUGCAUUGAAAAAGUGUCACUUGCGUAGGUCUCCAUUGAAAUCCCGUCCUAUCGAUUUUUGUUUUCUUCAAAUCCUUUCAAUGCGACGCCGGCUCUGAUAAAAACUAAGGCUUGGUACUCAGUUCUUUCUUUGAUUUCCCUUCAUGUUCAUGUAGAAUAUAAUAUAGUGUGUCUCAUUCCCUGGCGCUCCUUGUAUUCCGAACGUGUGCCAGGAGCAGCGCAUAUGGCUGUCGUGUUAAAAAAAUGAAUGUAUACAUGCAUUGAAAAUAUUUCUCCAACCCUGAAUACAUUAACACCACCCCCUAUCUCUCUCUAUCUCUCUCUCUCUCUCUCUCUCUCUCUCUCUCACGUACAGACACACACAGACACACACAGAUAUAUACACACAAUGACAGUUAAAUAUGAGAAGCAUCCACACAACUUGAAAUCAAAGUUUCAUUUAGGAAAUAAAAUGGUUGAUUUAGGAAAGCAUUUAAGUUAUUGAGACCUAAUGAAACUGCCCAAAUAAAAAUUAUUUCCACACGUGUAAUGUAUCACGAAAGUCUCAUUAAUCAUGGCUUAUUAAUUAUACAGUCGUUUAGUAAUGUCUGUGUUUAUUAUGGCUUGAUUAUGUACUACGCUUGUAAGCUAAAUGUAAGAUUUAAUUGAAAUCAACUGCUAAUUGAUUUGAAAGUUAAUAAUUACAAAAAAUGAAAUAUAAGACUACGGGUAAGAUUUUGAACACUUUCAUCUUCAAUUUAAAUAUUUCAUCUUCAGUUUAAACAUUUCAUCUUCAGUUUGAACCCUUUCAUCUUCAGUUUGAACACUUUCGUCUUCAGUUUGAACACUUUCAUCUUCAGUUUGAACAUUCAAAACAAAACGAAAACAUUGUAUGAAAAUGUUUGAUCGAACUCUAUUCUUUAAGGCUGGAGAUAGUGCUAAAAACAUGGCGUAAUUUCCCAUUAAAAUGUCUGCCGGGACUGAAGAUUAUUCUACAUUAUUUUUAUGGUCUGAGAAGACACGAGACGAAGAGACAACAUUGUACCAGGGCACGGCGACAUUAUGUGUUUAAAUUAUUUUUAAAAAAAAAUAUUGUAUUCGCCGACAACAGCAAUACUCCGUGUGACCUUCCUUGAAUUGUGAUGUGAAUUUAAAGGACAGAAACUUUUGCCAAAAAAACGUCACAGGGCCUGGACACAAGGCUAUAUGGUAAAGGUAGUCCGGAGUCAAUGAUAUCAAAUGACACAUUAUGCUGUGUGUCUGUGUGCGCGUAUCAUGCCAUGUGUUACCAUUGGGGAAGUGGUUUUUGUCAGAACAUUGGCGAACACACACACGAGUGGUUUUUAAACUGAAAGACAAAUCGUGUGUGUGUGUGUGUUUUCCUUAUUUAUCCUCAUGCAAGUUUAACGCGGGCUUCUGGUUAAAAAUAUGCAAUUCAUGUUGUUGGGCUAUAGCAACACUUCAGUUAAAGCACAUGUGUCAAACUCAAGGCCCGCGGGCCACAUCCGGCCCGCCCUACGAUUAUAUCAGGCCCGCGGGCCACAUCCAGCCUGCCGUACGAUUAUAUCAGGCCCGCGAGGUCUUGACCGGCGUACAAUUAUAUCCAAGUCAACGCUAUGGUGUUUCCCAGUGCGCACCUUGCUGAGAAACUUGGCGCCGAGCUCGCGCGGCGCUUUAGUGACUUAGAAGCACAGAAAUGUAAUUUCCAGCUGUUUCGUAACCCAUUUGUCAUAGCCGUGGAAACUGCACCUGCAAAUUUGCAGAUGGAGCUAAUAGAGCUGCAGUGUAGUGUGACACUGAAGGCAAAGUAGGUCACAGUUGAACCUGCACAGUUCACUCGUUUCAUUUCUGAAGAGAUGCCCCAGCUUCGUCUACAUGCGGCUCGAACCUUGAGCAUGUUUGGUAGCACAUAUAUCUGUGAGCAGCUGUUUUCUGUGAUGACGAUUAACAAGACAUCAAACAGGAGUCGUCUCACCGGUGAACACUUGCAGUCCAUCAUGAGAAUCUCAAUGACACAGAACGUUACUCCCAACAUAAACGAACUUAUUUGUUUUUAUGGCCAAGAAAAUGGGUAUGCCAAUGAUUUUAAUUAUUAAAACUUUUUCAGUUUUCUUAAUAUAAUUUUAUUUUCAAAGAUUAAUUUUCCGCUUAUUGAAAGUUUAACCUGUUCAGACCACAUCCUUACACGUGAUUUAGUUGUCCUCCGUCGAGCGAUUGAGUUUGACACCCUUGAGUUAAAGUAUCUAAACAAUACAUAAGCUGUACUUGGAGUAUCUGAACAAUAUAUAAGAUAAUAGAUCCUGAACAAUACAUAUAACCAUACAGGUUGCCUUACAGGUUGCCUUACAGGUUGCCGUACAGGUUGCCUUACAGGUGGAACACUAUCUAUAGCCCCAUAGCUUGGAACAUGAACUCACUGACAUUAAAAUUUAUGUUUGUUUGGUACACAAACUGUUUCAGUAGUGAGGUUUAUGUGGCUAGAGACUAGGGACACACCAAACGGUCUGCAUUGUUUUCUAUUGGCUGUUGGCCGUUACCUUAUCAGGCUUUAGACUUUCGAUAAUGACAUCGGCGGUUUGUUCCCAAGUCAGAUAAAAUGUCAUGAUUUAUUAUGACUCCAACCAAAAAAAGUUCGACUCCGACCUAAAAAUUCCCAAUCCGACCAAAAAAGAUCGACUCCAUCCAAAAAAGAUCGACUCCGACCAGACAAGUUCGACUCCGACACCCCUCGUCUCCCCUAAGUCUGCAUGAACCCCAUUACUCAAUGCGCUGCUCUAAUCCCGGGCCCUGGCUGUCAAGUAGGCAACGCGCUGUUCAACAGCCAGGCGGACGUCAAGAACACUGGCAAAUAUUCCCGGCGUGCCAGCGUCACGUCCGCGUUGUCCCGGCCAAAUUAACCCCGGGACAUGAGGCCAAACAGGGACUUGUGACGUCCACAACUUGACCAACAGGUGGACUUUAAAAAACAUGUGAGGGACAAGCGAGGCUGUUGUUUGAGAAUUGUGUUUUUUUGCUUAAAGGGGUGAAGUUAAAAUAAACACGGGGCGCAAACCUGUGGGGGUGGGGAAAGGGAGGGUGGGGGGACUGUGUGUGACUCAAGGUUGGUGUGGUUUGUUUUCGGAUCAAGUGGUUUAUGGUAGAAGGCGCGUUCGUCUGCUGAGAGUUUGAUUUGAGAAUCGCAGCGUAAACUGUGAAUGGGACGAGGAAAAAAAAAAAAACAACUAAUUUAUUUUAAUUACAAACUGUAAAUGACGAUGCACCGACUUCUCGGUGGCGAAUGAGUAGCUGAUCUUUUAUUAUCUUUUAUUUAUCUUUUUAAAAUAAUUGGUCUUCCUUUUUUAGCCUUUAAAAUUUAUUCCCACAUUUUCUGAUAUGUCUUGUUAUAAUAUAAAUUUAAUUUUAGCACAUUUAUUCUGUGAACAAAUGAGUACCACGUGACUUAACUGAACUUUGGGUUAGAGUUUUCAGUAUUUUUUUGUUCUGGAUCCCCCCCCCCAAAAAAAAAAAAAGGUAGCAGUGGUACAGUCUCGAUGUCCUAGCUUUGCUUCGUCACAACCUUGACCUAAUCGGUCAAGGACACCGGAAACGCUUAGAGCUUUGGAUUAUAAAAAUCGAAGACAUUUACAAUCAUGUGAUGGAUAACUUUCUCCCUCGCGAAAACGAAUAUUUAAACGAACGCCACUCAUUCUUUAGACUGGAGUAUGAAAAAAAACACACACACACACACUUACUUACCCACACACUUACUUACCCACACACUUACUUACCCACACACUUACUUACCCACACACUUACUUACCCACACACUUACUUACCCACACACUUACUUACCCACACACUUACUUACCCACAACACGCACACAAAUAUAAACAGACGUUUACUCACACACGCACAUAAUGAUAAAAACACAUUUCUCACGACCUCAAAUCGAGAACUCAGACACCAAGAACAAGGGACACAGGUGUUGCCGUAAUGCUCAUGGCUUUAAAAAAAAAAACUGUCCAUGCAUGGCUUAACACUAAUGACUUUAAAUUUUUUUUAAAAAGCAUUUUAACAUUUCUGCGCUCUAACAAUGCAGGUUUAAAAUAUCUUGCGUUAUAGUUGAAGUUCAAAACACAUUUAUAUUAAUAUUAUAACCGUGAUAAUAUGAUGACAAUAAUGGUUCCAACUUUUCAUGAAAUAACUGCUAAACUAAAAUUGAUAUCAUUGGUUUAUAGUUUGUAAGUUAAUCUUGCGAUAUUCCUGUCAGAAAAAUGGGUCGAGAUCAAUGUUCCCUUUAAGCUGCGCGGCCGCGCAGCUACCUCACAGACGCCGCGCAGCAGUUUUGAGUACCGUGCAGCAAAUUUCCAUGUAAGUGUGUGUUUGUUUUUGUGGGCUGUAAAACUUUGCACACAACUGUAUGAUUUUGCACACGAACCAGCAAACCUUAGAGGGAACAUUGGUCGAGAUCCGUCGUCGUGAAGUAAAUUGAAGAAGAUGUGUUUUGGCUUUGGGAUGUUGAUCAGUUUUAUUUUCCAAAAGUAAAUGUUGAUCCACCACAUUCCCAUGCUUGAUUCAUUGCCCUGGCAAUAGCGCCGGUCGACCAAGGUGUAGGUUGCGUUUCUUUAGAAAUAUUUGGAUAAUUCCAUUUCAUUACUAACAUAUUACCAUAUUAAUAUUAAUAAUGCCUCACACUCAAUGUUCCCUUUAGCUGCACGGCUGCGCGGCCGCGCAGCAAUCUCACAGACGCCGCGCAGCAGUUUUGAGUAGCGCGCAGCUAAUUUCCACUUAAGUGUGUGUUUGUGUCUGUAGGCUGUAAAAUUUUGCGCACAAAAAAAUUGAUGCUGUAAAAAUGUGCACACAACUUUAUGAUUUUGCACACGAACCAACAAACCUUAGAGGGAACAUUGCUUACACUUUACAUAUUUUUGUUAGAUGCUUCUUGGUGCAUAUUUACACUGCAUCUCUCUAACUUAGGUUUGUAAUCACGCUUAAAAAAAAAAAAUUCAAGAUACACAAUAUAUAUCUAUGCCAUUUUUUACAUAUUUUUUUCUCUGCACACGAUUAAAGGGCAUCUAACGUGUCCUAACAAUUGCUUCUAUCGAACAUGUCUCUCCUUUUUGUUGUUGCUCUUGUUGUUGUUGUCGUCUGUGCCGUUAUGUUUCUUCCCAACCACACAUCUGUACACACAGACAGCACGUCGCUUCGUGUACACAUGUGCUGUGUACUCGUGAUGACGCCACACAGACAGCACGUCGAUUCGCGUACACAUGUGCUGUGUACUUGUGAUGACGCCACACAGACAGCACGUCGCUUCGUGUACACAUGUGCUGUGCACUCGUGAUGACGCCACACAGACAGCACGUCGCUUCGUGUACACAUGUGCUGUGUACUCGUGUGAUGACGCUUCCUUGUUUAUGUUGCCCAUUUAACGCUGUUGAAACCAAGGCUAGUAAACAGUUGUUUCCCCUCCCCUGGCUAGAGAAAAGAGAGAGUUGUGUCGCCUGAUCUGCACAAUUACACAACCGGGUUAUGGGAGAUAAAACCACCUUUUGUGAGAAACCUAUUGUUAUUUUUCUUGGUACGUCUUCGUGUGGGUCCUUGGCUCGUUGUUCCCCGGGAACCCAUAAAGUCACUAUUGUUGCGCUUACUCAAAGCAUUACUUACAGUAGUUACGCCCGCCCGGGUUUAGGGGUUAGGAUCCCCUGGGGAAGAAAAACAGAUAAUUGUUGGGUGUAACACGUGAGUGUUCGUUUUGGGGUUCUGUUUCAUUUCAACUAAGCUCGCUUCUGCCCCCCCCUUUUUUUUUCUGCCCCCCCCACACACACUCACACACAAACACACACCUGGAAUUAAUCAAUAGUUUCGUGAGUUGGUUAAUCCGGUCAUUACACAGGAUCGCAUCUCAUUACAUUGGCUGCUCUUGUUCGUGCAUCCACCUGUGAGUGCUAUGCUAAGAGUUCUUUGCUUAUUUUCCAGCUUGAUUACCUUCUAGGCUCCAAGUGUACUCCCUGUUAAUAGUCAUUGUUUUAUUUAAGCAUUUCCACGUCAUACAUUCCAUGGUUGCUCACUGUCUAGACUCGCAUUCCCCUACCAACCCCUCCCCCCACCCCACCCGUAUCGCGCCGUCACAGUCUAGUCUCAGAACCACGAAGCCAAGUUUUCUUGCGUUACCAAAGUCGAAAAGUUAAAGUCGCAAAGAAAGUCCUCCGCCAAAAUGAUGGAUACAACACAAAACGUUAGUGCCACUAUGUAUCAUGACAUCCCCACGCCGCAUCCCCCCCACGCACGCACCCCCCCACGCACGCACCCCCCCCCCUUUACAUGUUUCUUUGAAGCCUCCAAGACAAUGCACAAGUUAAUCAUAAAACUCAUUUCUCGUCACGGUCUCAUUUAGAAUAACCCAUCAUCUACCAAGUCCCAGCACUCCUGUCAGCCCAUUUCACCCCCUCGUGCAAUUCAGCACGGUUCUCGGGAGAAAAUUCAACUAUAAUAAUUCAUAAUAGAAGUUUGAGACAAGCGUCUAUCAGAUGCGCAUACAUCAUAGGAGUAAGUAGGAGGCCCUGGCGUGUUCUUAUGACCUAUACUAGCCAGGAGAUUGGGAAGGGGGUUCAGGGGGUUCACAGCACUCUUGUUUCACUUCGGCUGAUGCUUGGGGGGAACACGAGUCCCAGCAGCCGAGUGUCAGGUCUGACGGGUUUCCUGCUGCAAAUGUCUUACUUCAAAAACAAGCUCGUGAAUCAAGAUCCCCCCCUCUCCCAGUCUGCCAACCUCACCCCCCUUUCCCUCCUUUCUUUACCAGACAACAACCUUGAUUUUUUUUUAAAACCCGAUCACCCCUCCACCCUUUCAACCCCCCACCCCUCUCCAAACCUUAUAUAAAGUCCAACGCAUACCAUGUAGCGAGCGGGGUAAUUAAAAUCAAAGGUGACCUUCCUUCCACGCAACAGGCGAUCUCUACACAAAGGGUGCGUUGCAGUAUCUUUCCAUCUAACUCGGUGCAUCGACAGUUGCGCGGUGAUAUACAUUUUUUUUUUCUUUCUAAAAAACUGUUCACCUGAAAUAAUAAUUUGCAUGAUACAGUUAAAGAAAUGUUUUUGCUUUUUUUAAAUUUAAAAUGCUAUUAAAAGUUUUGUCCCUCAAAAGGGCCCGCCACUCGCUUUUUUCCGUAUCAUGCAUACUGCUGGACCCACAGGCAUCCACAUAAAAAAAAGAACCAAAAAAAAUACACACACGAUAACUCAUUGAAAAAUAUAAACCAAACGGAGAUCCAAUAUGGUAGGUUUGAAAUAGGGGCCUUCUGGCCCCUAUUUAUCUGGCCUUCUGAGAGGACCCAAUAAAGCGUCUUCUAAAGUCGACCCCCCCCCCAAACUACCCCCACAGGAAAAUAUGUUCUAAAAAAAAACGAAUCUACAGAAAUUUCUCUCUAUCAGCUACGCCAUUUUUCGGGGAUUUUUCUUUUAACGUCGUGUUUUAGGAUUACACUAAGUUUUUAACUUUUAAUCUCACCGUGUUGAUAACUUCUGCCAGAUUCCGCCCCUGCCAGAGGCAAGACGGGUCACCGUUGUCAUGCGUGAUCCCCACGGUGUCAGUGUCCUUGUCAACUUUGACAAUCAGUGAGAACGUUACUUGUGAAUAGACAGUUCCUAUAUGAAAAAAAAAUACUUUAUGAAGAAGUCUUGCCGUGUUUGGGCAUAAGAUGAGGAAUGACUCCAGAUUUUGCCUGAGGUUUUCAACACUUCUUAUGUCACAGUAGUCGAAUGGGGUCAUGCAGGGUUAGAAAUCUGCUUCCGGCUCACGAGACAUUUAUGUUUCGGAACUAAUUGUUCUACUCUUGAAGUCGUGAGUGGUUAAGUUGUAAACCUCAAUAUUCUAGGGAAAUACCCUGCGGGAAAAUACCUUUCAGACAAAUCCCCGGCAGACAAAUUCCAUGCAAAUUUGUCAGUGGUGUGGCAGAGUUAGUGUCGUCCUCGGGGGGGGGGGGGUUAUUUGUGGACCCAGCCAUAAUAAAACUUUGCAGUUUCCAACCGCUCCCCCCCCCCUCAACUCAACAUAUGUAACAAAGUCCACCCGGAGUGGGGGCAAUGUUCCCUUUAAGCUGCGUGACUGAGUGGCCGCGCAGUUAUCUCACAUACGCCGCGCAGCAGUUUUGAGUAACGCGCAGCAAAUUUCCACGCAAGUGAGUGGGCUGUAAAAUUGUGCGCACAAAAAUAUUGAAGCUGUAAAACUUUGCACACAACUGUAUGAUGUUGCGCACGAACCAACAAACCUUAGAGGGAACAUUGGGUGGGGGCACUCCGUCUGCCCCCUUUCUAAGCGUGUGUAUUCCAAAGCGUUACGAUUUCACCAACACAACUGGUUAAACCAAUUUCCCACCCCCGUGAGUAAGAGUUUAUUUCCUUGAACUUCUAAAACUUCUAAUUUAGUAUUUGAAGUUUGUAAUAUAUAAUAUAUAUAUAUAAUAUAUAUAUAUAUAUAAAUAAUAUAUAUAUUACAAAUAAUUUUAAAAGCUUUGACAGACUCGGGCUGAAAGAAGUGUCGUACCAGACCUUACGCGAUGGGGGAAAUUAUGCUACUACCAUCCUGGUUGUUAAAAUGAAAUCAAUGCAGUAAAGAAAUAUGCUCAAGUUAGCCUCCAACGAAAAUUUGUUGUGUGGGUUGGUUGGUGUUGGUUAAAAGCUAAAGAAAGAGUUGGUUAGAGAUUUCAUCAAGAAGGUCGACCGGUAACAAAGGUCGAAGGCCUGCCGACAUUUCUCGACACAUGACUAAGAUGAACAGCAACGGUUAUACAUCUCUCACGACUUCGCUUGCGCCUGUCGAACUCAGUGAAGCAGGAUGUCAGUUUUACAGUGCGUGACCAACCGACUUUCACCCACCAUGAACGCCGGGGCAGACGUCGGUCGGCAUUGUCCAAGGUUUUAAAUAUUAGUUUUAACUCAACUUUUCUCCCGCGGCCAAAUCUUCGUCUCUUCCUGUCUUAACGUAAACACUGGGGCAUCCCUGAGCCGGGGGCUGCACAUCGAAUGGGGGCGGUGUUGAGUACUUGGUCUCUGACGUAAAAUGUAAACGUCGGGGCUUGCCAUGCGCCGUCUGGUGGGCCACGUGGUGGCAGAUACGAUGGGGAGCUUCCUGGCUGGCAAUUAUUUUAUGGCGCUAAAAUACACACCGGCAAACACGAGACGCGGAAUUGUUAGUGCGAUGAAUGAGGCCCGGGCAGUAAGAGGUUUUGUGGAACUAUGGGAAAGGCUCGGACGCUUCGACAUCUGGCAAUACAAAUAUACACGUUUAACCUAUAAACAGACGAGGGAAGGGAGGGGUGGGGGGAGAUGCCCAAUCCAUCCGACACCAUUUUUUUUUUUUUUCAUCAUUUUUGAGUUGAAACAAAUUUCGGUUUGUUCAUGAGAUCUACACUCAGCCGACAAAACGAACAAUCUCAAGAGUACAAAUAAAGUAGAUGUCAUCGUCUGGGGAAGUUUUGAUCACGAGGUCGACGCACGAAAAGGUCAGAACAGCAAAGCUCGAUCUAUCGCGCGCUGUUCGAGCUGUGCCGUUUCCCGCCUUCCGGUGUAUCAGACACGUUCUGAAUUUUGUUGAAAUAUUCUGUUUCUUAAAAAUGGUUAUUUAAAAAACAAAAAAAGAAAGCUACGACCUUCGACAGAAAAGUUGUGCAAAUAGAGCAUUCGAAAAUGGUGUAAACAAAAUCCAAUACAACUAGUGUACUUAAACUUAGAAACAGGAAUGAAACAUGCAUAACUUGCAUUUAAUACGUAUGUUAUAGAGCUAGUCUUAACUUAAACGCUUUAAGAAAUCUUAGUUCUAGAUUACUUACAUAUGACCUCAUUAAUGUAUGUUUAAAUGAUAAAUAUAGUGUCUCCUUUCCACUCAAUUAAUUACAAUAAAUUAUUUUAAAAAAACCACCGCUAUAAGGAGGAUUCUGUCAAAGCAACUGCAGACUUGAGCGUUAAUUGUGUUUUGAUGUAAAUCCUUGAAAACAAAUUCUGAUGUUUUUCUCAAAAAUCAAUUAUGUUUUUUCUUUUUUUUUUCCAGAAAGAUUGUCUCAAGUAACAUUAACGUAACAAGCGGUCUCUAGUAUCAUAACAAGCAACCAAAGAAUACGUUCAUCCAAGCAUGAUACCGUACCUUCUGUAACCAACAACCGAUUGGUUCGGCCACAAACUUUUAUGAAUCCAAUUUUCUCUUAAACUGACAGGCAACUCGAUAUGGAUCACUCGCUACUGCGUUCCCGGUGCGUUCUCUUUGUUCUGGUGACAUUACUGGCUCCCGUUUGCUCACAGAGCAGCAAGAGCAUUGUGUUCAGUCUACGGGAGGAAGAAAAAGCCGAUACCCUGAUAGGAAACGUCGCUGACGAGAGCGGUUUGAAAUCGGAGGUGACACCAGAGAACUUCGACCGGCUCAAGUACCAGAUACUGAGCUCAGACGGGCUGAGGAUUUCGUCUCUGUUCACCAUCAACAGUCGCACGGGGGCGCUGUUCACGAGCGCCAUGAUUGACAGGGAGCAGGUCUGCGACUCGUCCGCGGUUGUCUGCCGCCUGCAGUUUGACGUCACCGUACAACUGAACGUCUCGGUCAUCAAGGUCAUUAACGUAGGCGUCAUCAUCGAGGACAUCAACGACAAUCCGCCGACUUUCUCCACAAGCAACCUGCAGCUCAGCAUAUCCGAGGCGGCCCAGAGAGGAAGCGAGACGCCGAUAUCCGGGGCUAUUGAUAGGGACGCCGGACUCGCGUCAACCAUCACGUACUGGAUCGACGUGAACGCGGUGUUCGACCUCAAGGAGGAGAAGAUGCUGGACGGAUCGGUGCUGAAGAUUGUGUUGCUGCAGAACCUGGACAGAGAAAGGCAAAGCCGGUACAGCUUCCUCAUCUACGCCAAGGAUGGCAACACGAGCGCCGCCCUGACGGGGACCUUGUCCGUCACCGUCGUAGUCACCGACAUCAACGACAACAGCCCUCAGUUCAGUCAGAAGCUGUUCGACCUCACAGUCUUGGAGACCGCUGAUAUCGGCAGCAAGGUGGGGACCAUAAACGCCACUGAUCUAGACGCCGGGGAGAACGGUCGUGUUUCGUAUCAGUUCAGCUCCCUCACCUCCGGGAAGAUACUUCAGCUGUUCGCGUUGAAUCCGGAGACGGGAGAUGUCACAGUGAAGGCGGAGCUGCUCUACGAGUCGAUGGGGAGGUUCCAAGCCGUCGUGGAGGCCAAGGAUCACGGGUCGCCACCGGGGGCGUCACAGGCGAACCUAAUUAUAAACGUCCUGGAUGUAGGGAACACGCCCCCGAAACUGUCCCUUACACUUGCUGAACCUUACAUCAAAGGUGGCACCCUCCUGUCAGAAAAUUUGCCUGUUGAAUCUUUUAUAGGGACACUCAAGUACAUUGACAACGAUGAAGGCAAUGACGGGGUGGUCGGCUGUACGUCCUUGAACUCAUUCUUUGACCUUAAAACAAUUGAAGAUCACGGAUUCGCUAUAGUGGUAAAGAGUCAGCUGGACAGGGAGACCCAGAACGAGAUGACCGUAGUUCUCAAAUGCACAGAUGGGGGCUCACCGGGCCUAUCAGGAUUCGUAAACUUCACAGUUCUGCUUUUAGAUGUGAAUGACAAUAGCCCUGUCUUCGGAGACUCAGCUUACACAUCUAGUAUCUCUGAAAAUAUCCAGCAGAAGUCAAAUAUCAUCCAGGUGUCCGCGUCGGAUGCCGACGAGGGCAUGAACAAAGAGCUGACCUAUCAGCUGACACCCAAUUCCAGCAACGCCUUCACCAUCGACCCCUUCACUGGAUGGAUCUCCCUUCUGUCCCCAGUGGACAGAGAAGUGGCCUCUGUGAUACUUCUGACCGUUCUGGCCGUCGACAAAGGCACGCCCACCCUGACGGGCACCGGUACAGUAACAGUCAACGUGGGUGAUGUGAACGACAACGCCCCUGGAUUCACCAGGACCGUCUACCAGACCAAAGAGAACCAGGCGCCCGGGGCUUUCGUUGCCCAGAUCGUGGUGGCCGACAGAGACGAAGGAGUCAACGCACAGUGCAGCUUCAAACUCGAGUCCGACCCUGCCGGAGGGUUUCUUGUGUCCGAGACGGGAACCAUCACGACCGCCAAGAUGUUCGAUAGGGAGAGCCUUGACCGCUACACCAUCUUCGUGUCCGUCACCGACGGGGGCACGCCGCCGCUCAGCAGCUCCUCGACCCUCACCAUCGCCAUCACCGACGACAACGACAACUCCCCGCAAAUACUUUUCCCCAUUCCUGGGAAUGACACCAUCAACAUCAGCGCCAACCUGUCUCCGGGGACGGUCAUCUCGCAGGUCAACGCCGUCGACGGGGACACGGAGAGCAACGCAAAGCUUUUCUUCAUCAUCGCCGAGGGCAACCAGCAAUCACUUUUCAGCAUCGACAACUCCACCGGCGCCGUCUAUGUGGCCAGGCGGCUCACGCAGUUCCCGAACAGCGAGCACCGGUUGACCAUCUCCGUCCAAGAUGGCGGAAAUCCACGCCUUUACAACGAAACUUUCCUCUAUUUGAAAAUAGACUUUACCAACGCGACCAUUUACAGCGACGAGGCGAACAUGGACCAGAAGUACGUCAUCAUGGCUGGAAUCAUUGCCGGCAUUACGCUCGUCGUCGCCAUAAUCAUCGUGGCGAUUAUCCUCAUACUGAGGCGCACGGACGUCGCGAGAUGCUCUCACCCCGCUGCGAAGAGGAAAGACGCCCCUCACCGCAACAUCCCUUUCCAGAACGAGGCUGUCGUCAAGCUCCACAACAUCCCCGGAUUCGUCAUGGCCAACUCCGACAAAGAGGCUGGUUUCGGGGAGGGCAAGGCCAAAGGUCGUGACCCCAACACGUCGUUCGAAAGCAACCAGACCGGCGGAAGUCAUCACACGUUCAAGCAGGCCCCGUCCUUGACCCACGACUCGUUUGAGCAUCCGGCAUUUUCUUUAUUCACCGACGUAAGUUAUCUGAGGCGUAUGUUAUCAUGUUCACAGUGUCAUCUUUAUAUAGUCGAAAUAACAGAAUUAAAUUAACUCAUGUGUCCCGCUGAAUACCAUCUAACUCCCUACAGAAUACCAUCUAACUCCCUACGGGAUACCAUCUAACUCCCUACAGAAUACCAUUUAAUGCUCUAAGAUGUAUAACUCAUGAACCUCCCUCCAUGGACGGAACUAAAAUCUACAUGUCCAAAUGGCGUCACACGGUGUUUAUAUAUUGAUUAAUACCGGAAAAAAAUAAUAUCAUUUAGCUUAUACGUGAUUUGCUAUCAUAAAUAAAUACAACAUCAAUUAUCUUUAAACGACAGCACUAUAAGUGCGUAACAACGCAGUUCUCAUCCUUGCACAAAUGACUAGUUCUUGCACUAAAACUGCCUUAUUUCGGAAACAGAGUAUAAUCGUGCGUUAUGAGUGCAAAAUGGUAAGCAAGAUUAGCGUUUACUUAAGAGAAUAAUUUUAAAAUAAUUCGUGAAAACGAUGAAAAGGCCAUGUUUUCUUCAAUGCGUCAUCCAGUUAACGAUAAACUACACUAAAACAGAAACCAAAAUGUCUCUCCCUUAAAGAUUCCAGAAAAAAUCAUUCAAUCCCUAAUGCGUUAUCUUAAACCCGAAUCGCGGAAACGUACCAUGCAGAACAAUUGUUGACGUCGGUCGCCAUUGGCAACCCGGCAAACCACAGCGAUGUCUUUCCAUUUAGGCAAUCAAUUACUUCAAAACGAGGCUGGUAUCGACCUCUCAUGAUCAAAACAGUAAACACUUUAGGAAAAGAUCGUUAACAUUAUAAAAUGCUUGUUGAAAAUGUCAGACGGAACCGCCCGCAAGUCAAGAUGCUCUUUGAAUGUUCUUUUAAAAAAAAAAACAAUCUUUUACAUGCCUCUAACUGGAAUACGUACAUAUAGAUCUGUGGCAUUGUAUUUGCCCUGAACUGGGUAUGCAGAUUGAAAUAACGGUAUCGAAUUAUGCCAUUUUAAUUAACAUUCGAUAGAAAUAUGCGCUUAUCGAAUUAUCGAUCUAAUAUAGAUCAGCUACCUGCAUACAACCCCCCCCCCCCCACACACACACCUCUUUCUUUUUUGUUUUUAUUUUUGUAUCAGCUACCUGCAUACAACCCCCCCCCCCCACACACACACCUCUUUCUUUUUUGUUUUUAUUUUUGUCCUUCCUUAAGUUAUACACCAUCAGCGUCACAUUAAAUCAGUUCCUUGAGAGCUUAUUUAAAUCAUCUAUCAAAAGUCACUAAGUGUUGUAGGCGAGAAAUGGAGAUAUCCAACACCAUCCAUUCUUUUGAUCCAUUAAUUUUUCAUCCCAUCAUUAGAUUCUCACCCUCUUACUUUCCAUCCCAAACUUUUACUCUUUCGUCCAUCAACGCAGCUCAUCAUUCAUCUAUCCAACCUUUUAUCCAUAAAAUUAUCCAAUCCCAGUACUCCCAUCAACCCUUUAAAUAUCCUUCGAGCCAUUAAUCCACCAACCCAACAAGUCAUCCACUUUUAUCCACUGUUGAUUUCCCACCUCAUAUACUCCCAUCUCAGCUUUUAAACCGCAUCUCUGGAUGCCUGUAAACAGAGUCUGCACCCAGCAUCUCGUGUGUAGCUAAGGCCCACAACAAACAUGGCGUCGAAUCACUUGGCUUCAUUUCUCAGCCGCUAUCGAUAAUCGAUUAUAGAUCGAUGUCUUGCCUGCCCGGGACACGGGUCACGCUGAUCUCAGUGUCUUGGCUAGAGGGAUGUAAAGGAGGGGGAGGGAUGCAAAGGAGCGGGGAGAUGUAAAGGAGGAGAGGGGGCGCAGGCUGCGUUUCCUGGGUUAAUGGGUUUGGUACCAGGGGCUAUUCACGAAAAACCGUUUUAACCACUCAGCCCUUUAAAAAAGCACAAAAUAUUGAUGGAUUGAUAUAAUUAUAACGUAUAAAAACAUCCGGGGUUAAAGGUCAUGAUUAAGGAACAUUUGAGAAUUUUCAGUCAACUAAAUAUCUAACCGCUCAAAAUAGUUUAGUAGCAUUUAAAUCAAAAGAAAAUAGAAGUGGAAUUUAAAGCGAAAUAAUUCUGAAUUGAAACAAAAAUAUUAUUCUACACUUAAGUUUAUUGGUUUGCAAAGUAAUACUACGUGCACUUGUGAGAGUGUGUGCACCUUUGAUAGUGUUGGUACUGUGCACCUUUGAUAGUGUGGGUACUGUGCACCUUUGAUAGUGUGGGUACUGUCAAAAAACACAAACAGUUGGCCGUUACAACUUGUAACAACAAGAAGUUUCAUGAUUUUGUGGGGUUUUUUUCUUAAUUUUCGCUCUACAAACCAAUCCCGGUCCCUUGAAUGUCAGACGGCAAUGUUAAAAGAUCUGUUGGAUCAACAACGCUAAACUCAAACGACGACAGGCAAAUAUGUUUGGUUCUUACAUGUACUUGAUAAAAAGAAAGAAAGAAAAUCGAUUAAAAAAAAAAUAUCUUUGAAACAAAUUUUUACUUGAGCUGUUUCUUGUUUAACACAAUAUUACAUUAUGUCAUAUAUACUUUAUUGUUAUUUUAUGGAGUGUUGUUUUUCUCUUUCUAAUAAUAAGAUGAAACAAAGAACCACAAGUGACGACCACCACAGCGAUUCUUCCGGUGACGUCACCACGAGUGACAGUGGCAAAGGUGCCAGUGACGUGGAGGAGCUCGGGUCUGGAGGUAAGGGACAGAAAUCCCAAACAACUUUUUUUUUAAAGUAAUUUUUUUAAAUUUAUUUAUCGCUUGGAUAUUGUAGAACUAUGAAACAUUAGCAGGAGCAGUAGUAGGAUGCUAAUUUUAAUACUGCUAAAGACCAUGUAUUGACCACCAUUUUAAAAAAAAAAAAGUUAAUUUUGGUUGUUUAAUACACACCCAUUUGUGGUAAAUCAGUGCUACAAUCUAUUUCUGACUGGAAGAAGAAGAAAAGGAAAGAAGAAAAAAACGUCAGAAAUGACAAAAAAAAUUAAUGUGCAUGAUUGUGAAGAUAAUAUAUAUAUAUAUAUAUAUGAUUGUAAUGCUCUAACAGCACCAUAAAUUAUAUCUACAACUUUUUGUUCCAUUUUUCUGAGAAAUUGUCCAUUACUUUAAUGUAUUUCUCGUUUUGUUUCUCCUCCCCCACCCAGGCACUCCACCCCUGAGUUUCUACCCAACAGCUGCCCCCAACUUGUCUUCAUCGUCGGCACCCCGUGUGCCCCCAAGAGACCCAGUACAAACCAACAUAGGUCCGCGUCCAGUCCAUGGCUACACGAGGGAGAGCUCCAGCCUGCUUGACCUGUCUCGCAACGCACGCGCCUACACCUCACACGUCGACCUCGACAAGGCCAGCAGAGCCCCCGGAAAGGUUCGAUUCUCGUGCGACAACAACUCAGCAGAUCGGCCAUUCUCCAACACGGAGCAUUCUAGAACUUUCAAGCCCAACCAGCCGAACACAUUCUCCGGCUCCGAGCGGUCGGCGUACAUGAGCCACCAGCAGAGGGUGUUCCCUAAUUACGGUAUGGUCAAUUCCGUCCCCAGCCAGCAGGACAGGCCCCAAGCGCUGCCCCGUUAUGAUCCCCGUGAUCAGCCCAACAGCCCGCUGGGAAUCAGUGCGCCGCUGGGAAUUAGUGCGCCGCUAGGAAUCAGUGCGCCUCCGAGCCGUGACGCUGCGAGGCACCACGAUCGUCUGCAGGGUUCCAACAGACGUCAGCAGCCACUUUCUCCCAACGGUUACCCCCUCGUCCAGCAGCCGCCACAGUAUACCCACCGUCAUGUGCCCUUGACCUCGCUCAACCACAGCCUGGACGAGGAGGACGAUGAUGGCUCCACCACGACUUCCGGCAGCUACGCCAUUGAGGACACCCUAAACAUUUCUGUAGAAUGUUAACUAAUCAUUGGUCCCUAUGUUAACCUUUUUGCGCCACCGGGUAUGCAGGUACUAAUUUCAAAAAAGUAUACCACAACUUUGCCGAACCUAGGUCCACUCUAUCAGUGGCGUAGCUAGGGGUAGAGCCGCCAUGGGCGAGCCAAGAUUUUUGCCGCCACUUUCGACGAAAAAUGCCCCCCCCCUCCCCUUACGUAAAGGAGAAGGAAGCGCCGCCCGGGAUGGACCACCGCCCCAUCACACAAUCCAUCGAGUUGAUGGCCUCGUAGACCCUGUUCAAAAGCCACAUUUCAUGAACUCAAACAUUAAUCGAACUAUGAAAGUGGGAAUGUACAAUAUGUUACAAUAGCUCGAUAUGAAGUGGGGUUUUUUUUACGUGUGGUUCAUUGAACUUUUAACCCACGAUUACUUACCGUACUCAUUUCCUUAUGCCGAAUCAAGUUGUCUUUCACAGGAUGAACCCAGUUGGAGAGAAAAACAAAACAUCUCAUCAAAUAAACAUUUGUUUAUGUGUAAAUUUGUACAGGAAGCUGGAAUUUAAUUUAUUCAAGUUAUUAAUUUGAAUAUUUGCUUUAGAUAAAAAUCCGUUUUUGUGUGUGUUUUUUUUUUCUUCUAUUGAUUCAUUUAGUUUUGUAAUAUGAGUGAUGUGAAAAUAGUUAAAAUAGUUGUCUGUUUUUUUUAUAUUUAAAAAAUGUAUAAAGAAAACAGUGAUUUAAAACAAAAUUACAUUAAAUUUUAAGACGCAAUAAAUGAAUUACACAAUAAAAGCGUGUUUGAAAAGGUUGUGUAUGGGAUAAUGUGUUUGUCUGCCCCAUGAAAGUCUGUAGUCUGUGAGGCUUUAUUUUAAUAUAAGAAAUUAUAGGACAACUGUGUCAGCUGAGGUAGGUAUGGGCGUCCAUUUGAUCAUAGGAAUCAUUCUAUGUGACGUGUGGUGGGAAAGAACUUCCAAAUAUUUCCUUGCUUAGCUUAGCUUACACUUACAGCGAUCAAACAAAUAGGGUUGAUUUCUCUCAUGCACGAAAGAAGAGAUUUACUAACAGGCAAACUCCAAAAUUGCUAAAAAAAACCAAAAAAAAAACCUGCAGUCUUAAAUCUCAACAUAAAAAACCUAAUAUAUACAUAAUGUGUAUCUAUAUAAUUAAUAUAUAGCGUAUUCGUGAAUUGAGACUGAUUGGAGUAAAAAAAAAUUGUAUUUACUAAAAUAGAGAUUAACAUGUAAACACCGUAAUGUAAAUUAGAGGCUUUAUAUCGCUAAAGAUGUUUCUGUAACCGCUUGUUUAAGAUAUGCAUUAUAAUAAUGUAAUAUAAUGUACAGAAUUACCAUUCGACCUAAUCUGUCAUCAGAUUGGAUAGUUACUGACUACAUGGUCAUGUACAUAAAAAAAAUACCUUGUUACUUUUUCAUGACCGAAACUAUCUGUAUGCCAAACUUCAUACAGCAACUAUUGUAUGUCAC